GAGGGCAUUGUGGCUUGCCAAGAACAACACAAAAUGAAGAAGACUCGCUCUCGCUGAGGAAAAUGGGACCAGACCAGCACUGUCUGACUUGCACGAACGGAUCGAGAUUUCCUGCUGAUAACUUAUCUGGCUGGCUCAACUGCAAAGACAAGGAUUGAUAGUUCAACCCGAAGUCGUGGAAGAAAGUCGAACGGACUUGCCUGUCCUGUCGAGUGCCCCGCCACUUCUGUUAUUGUGCUUGUCACCUGCGUCACUUGGACAUAUCGCACUUUCGACCUUGGAAUUUUCUGUUUGCGCAUCGUCAAGUGGUGAAUUCAGAGAAUGCGCUGCUGGAUAUAGGUGUUGAACUUUGAUCCUUGCAAGACCUUCGCCGUCACAGCCUCGGAACGCCGACAAGAUGGACAUGAGCGGCAUGGAUAUGAGUGGGGGGAUGGAUAGUUCGAGUGAUCCUAUGUUCAGACCCUUCAACCAAGCACUGGCUGAGGACUAUUGGUAUAUUAUUGUUGGCAUACUAGGCUUCAUUGUAUUUUUAAGAGCAGUUGAUUACUAUCAGACUUGGAGUAGAUUACGGAUAUGUCAGACCAGGAAGUCAACAGCAUAUCCAACGAGGGUCAGCAAUCCUCUGAUGCAAGCGUAUGCCACUGCAACAGCCGUCGUGCGGGAAGCCAGUUAUCCACAAUUCCACUUCGGUGGAUGGCUGUCGUGGCUAACUCCUCCUUUAUCAGGACGAGUCAUCAUCAUUGUCAUCUACUGGUCGGUCAUCGCCUACAUGAUGUUCUACAAAGCCUUCGUAGACGAUGCAUAUUAUUGGGAGCGAGUUGGAUUUCGGGGAGCGUGGAUAUCUGUUACACAGGUGCCUCUGGUCUACCUCCUAGCAUCGAAAUCAAGCAUCAUUGGUCACAUUAUUGGAUCUUCACAUGAACGACUCAACUGGUUACAUCGAUGGGUAUCGAGGACACUACUGGUUACGGUGACGAUACAUGGCUCUUUCUUCUUGACAGAAUGGGUACGAGCAGAUUUUGUCGUGUUGGAGCUGAGUAUGAUGCCCAUGGUCAAGUACGGCAUGGGGGCAUGGGCAAUAAUGGUCUGGACAUUCAUCACCUCCUUAUCUCCUAUGCGCAGAAUGGCGUACGAAUUUUUCGUUAUGCAACACAUCGUGUCAGCCGCUAUCAUACUUUGGCUCCUCUGGGUCCAUGUCCCAUCUUAUGCGCAUUACAACAUCUGGUUCGCUAUUGGCGCUAUAUCCUUCGACUGGGUCCUCAGAGGCGUGCUGCUCGUAUUCAGGAACUUGCGUCUGAGGGCUUCAAAGUCUUGCAAUGGCGGACAGAGAAUAGGUCACGAAAUCGAACUCGAAGCCAUCAGUAACGACUUGACAGUACUGAACAUCAAAGACGUUCAUCUCUCAUGGAAACCAGGGCAACAUCUUUACCUCUGGCUACCUUGGCUGGGGCCUCUCGAAUCACACCCCUUCACCAUCGCUAGUCCAUACGACACGAACAACAAAUGCCAUUGCAACGAAAUCCAACUUGCGAUCCGUAAACACAAAGGUAUCUCCAAGCGAAUGUAUAAUUUCGCAAUCAAGAACCAGACCCCCUUGACGGGCUUCAUAUCUGGACCUUACGGAGCACCACCGGCAUGGGAAGCGUUCGAGACAUUGAUCCUGAUCUCUGCAUCCACAGGAGCGUCAUUUACCUUGCCUAUCCUAGAGAGUCUUUUGACUGCUUCAACAACGAUCUGCACCCAAAGGAUUCUCUUCUUGCUUGUAGCGAGAGACAGGGCACAUAUCGAGUACUACGUCAACCGACUCACCAAAGCUCUUUCCCUGGCCGAAGCAAAGGGCAUUGAGCUCCAAGUUGAGGUUGCGAUCACCAAUGACGCAAAUUCUCUUCAUAGCAAGUCUAGCGGUGCAACAAAAGCUACCGAAGAGACAAUCGUGAAGGAAGAAGCAGUUGAGAAGAAAUCAGCAGAUCCGUUGGUCAUCGUCCAAUCCCGGUCUCCUUCCUCAAGAAACUCAUCACAAGCCUCUCAUCCGACAAAAGAGAAGGGAGGCUGCUGCUGUGCCAACCCAUCCGGAUUUCCCUCAUCAUGUUGCAAGGAUAGCACAUCAUCUCCAUCUCGUGAGAUAGUGUACUCAUACUCCCGACCUAGUAUCCCAGCUUUCAUCAGGAGACCAGUUGAAAUUACUGGAGGAGAGACGAGUGUAGCAGUGUGUGGAGGCAAGAGUUUGGUUGCGGAUGUGAGGAAUACUGUGGCGAGGUUGAGUGAUGAUAGGGCGGUGCAUAAAGGGACUGGGGCUCAGGGGAUACAUUUGCAUGUCGAGGAGUAUUGCUUUUAGUGUAACGAUUUAACGAAAUGAUUAUGAAACAAGACAUGCAUGUGUAACGUAUUGCUACUGCUGAAUCAAGUGUCAAUCAAGAACAAAAAGGUCUGUAACCGGGGAUUGGUCGGACACGACUUAGGGGUCGUUCCUUCCGUGUAGAGUUAUAACACUGAGGUCUGUAAGAUGAAUUGGACAAGAACUGGAGC